AGCGUACUUAAAAUUGGUGUGUUCGUGUGUUUUAUUGCUCUGUGAUUUUCGCUGACAUUUCCAUACAGAAAUUAAUAAAAUUUCUGUAAUUAAGUGCGUGAACUCAUCUCAAUUAAUUGCCGACUUGUUUGAAAUCUGCAGCUUUAAAGUGCAGACUCGGAUCGACUCUAUACGUACCGAACAAUUCCAAUUUAGUAGUAUCAUUAAUCUCAAAGUUUGCAGUGUAAAACUUGCAACAUAAUAUACAGUGUACAAUAAUACAAAGGAAAGAAGAACAACAAUUGUAUAACUUGUAUCAAAAUGGGGAACGUUUUUGGAAAUCUUUUUAAAGGCCUUUUCGGUAAAAAGGAAAUGAGAAUAUUGAUGGUCGGAUUAGAUGCCGCUGGUAAAACCACAAUUUUGUACAAACUCAAAUUAGGCGAAAUUGUUACAACGAUACCUACCAUUGGUUUCAACGUCGAGACUGUAGAAUACAAGAAUAUUAGCUUUACAGUAUGGGAUGUGGGCGGCCAAGAUAAAAUCCGUCCACUGUGGAGGCAUUACUUCCAAAAUACACAAGGUCUUAUAUUCGUCGUUGAUAGCAACGAUAGAGAACGUAUCGGUGAAGCGAGAGAGGAAUUGAUGCGCAUGUUGGCUGAAGAUGAGCUCAGAGAUGCUGUUUUAUUAAUAUUCGCUAACAAACAGGAUCUGCCCAAUGCAAUGAAUGCAGCCGAAAUCACUGAUAAGCUCGGUUUGCACUCACUCAGAAAUCGUAAUUGGUAUAUUCAGGCGACGUGUGCAACCAGCGGCGAUGGUCUCUAUGAGGGUCUGGAUUGGUUAUCUAACCAACUUAAGAAUGCUAAUCGCUAGAUACACAUAAUAAUAUAUUAAUGAAAAAACACCUUUUUGAUUUAAACAUAAAGUUAAUGAAAAUUUGAAUAAAUACAAACAAAAAGCGAAAAAGAAAGCAAGAAAAUCAACUAAAAACGACAUCCUACUGAUCCUUCUUCUCCUCUUAUCCCAACUUCAACAAAAUCAAGCGACAUGCGACGAAUUUCAUUUAGCGGCUGUUGAAAGAAAUAGAAUAGUGAAACCGGAAGAAGAAGGUCAUAGCGUACAGAGAAAAGAAAAGAAUGGAAUUUAAUACCGCUAUUUAAUGAAACUAUCAAUUUCAAAACGAUUCUCUUAUAUAUGUAUGUAUAUGAAUGUUAAGACAACAAUAACAAAUAUCAACAAUGUGUAUCCAAAUGAUAAGAUGAGUUGUGAAAGAAGGGAAGAAAUAUCAAAAAGGACUACAAACAUGGCAUCCACUUCUAAGUAUAAUUUUAGUAUUUCCUAUCUUUAUUUUAUUAAUUGUAAUUUCUAUGAUUAUUAAUUAAAUUUAAUUGAUACAAUUACAACAAAAUAUAAACAAAGGCGAAACACAUACACAUACAACACACAAGCUCUUUAUAUACAAAAACAAAAACAACUAAAAAUAAAUAAAAAUUGUAACAAAAAUGGAAAGACCGAAAAAUAGAUAAGACAUUCGACCAUUUUGAUAAGGAUUGAUAAAAGACGAUUAGUUCGGUAUUUGCUCUACUCCCAUUCUUCUGGCUAUAGACAAGUGGAUAUUAUAAAUUAUUAUUAUCUAAAUACUAAUAAUGAUGCGUAAAUAAAAAAGGAAACAAUUAAAGAAGAGUGAAAUAUAAAAAUUAA